GCGUUUUAGAAUGAUUACUGGCGACCGGCGGAGAGAUUAUACGGUUCUACACAACGGUUGUUUUAAUCCCCUGUGCAAGGAGAUUUAGCAAAGAAAAACUGGCCUCAAACCCAGCAGCCAUAUUGUAUGGGAACAACGGAAAGAAAAGUUGUUUUUUUUCAGACAUCCUGUCAAGACUUUUGAGGAGUUUAAUUUUCUCUCUUACUGGCGGUGGGUUUCCUUGGGUCAGCUAGUUUUCCAGCUGGCUGAUGAAUUCAGAGAUUGGGGCUAGUUUUUGAUCCAGUUUACGGAAGACUGCGGUUAUCUCUUUGGUUUUAGUCAUUUUAACUUAACCGUGUGAAACAUGAAGGACCGAUUGGAGCAACUUAAAGCGACGUGUGAUCAAGAUGAUGACGAGGUGGAGAUUGCUAUGGAUAACGCAGCCUUCAUGGAUGAUUUCUUCUCUCAGAUUGAGGAAAUCAGGAGCAGUAUUGAUAAAAUUGAUGCUAAUGUAGCUGAAGUCAAAAAACUUUACUCGGUCAUCCUGUCUGCGCCCACAUCAGAUCAGAAAACACAGGAUGAAUUGGAGGCAAUCACCGGCGAAAUAAAGAAGAUGGCCAACAGUGCAAGAAACAAACUAAAGACCAUCGAGAGGAAUCUGGAGUCAGAAGAGCAGGAGAGGCUAUCGGCUGACAUACGGAUACGUAAAUCACAGCAUGCAGUUCUGUCAAGGAAGUUUGUUGAGGUAAUGACAAAGUAUAACGAAGCCCAGGUGGAAUUCAGGGAGAAGACUAAAGGACGUAUUCAGAGACAGCUCGAGAUCACUGGAAGAGUAACAACAGAUGAAGAACUGGAAGAGAUGUUGGAGAGUGGUAAUGCUGCUGUAUUCACUGCGGGGAUUGUGGACUCUGGCAUUUCUAAACAAGCCCUGAGUGAGAUUGAAUCCAGGCACAAAGACAUCGUCCGACUGGAGAGCAGCAUCAAGGAGUUGCAUGAUAUGUUUGUAGACAUUGCCAUGCUGGUGGAGAGCCAGGGCGACAUAAUAGACAACAUAGAGCUGAACGUAUCCAAAUCAGUGGACCAUAUAACAGUGGCUAAGGAACAGACCAAAAAAGCUGUAAGGUACCAGACCAAGGCACGCAAGGGUGGGAUAAUUGACAGGAUUGAGAGCAACAUGGACCAGUCAGUGGGCUUUGUGGAGCGAGCCGUAGCAGAUACUAAGAAAGCUGCAAAGUUUCAGCAAGAAUCACGCCGUAAAGUGGUGAUAAUAGUGGUGAUUGUGCUGAUCGUACUGGCCAUACUAGCUCUUAUUAUCGGGUUGUCAGUGGGAUUGAAGCACUAGUGAUGAGCUGUUUGAGUAAGAGGAGAGCUAAAGGAAGAUGAUCAUUAUUGGUGCAGUCUGUGCUGUGCUUGCUCUCAUCAUCCUCAUUAUAAUCCUCACCCAGACACUUUAGCAGGACUGUGUCAUGCUGCCGUCAGUAGUUUACUCAUCAACCACUCGAUCCUACUGUCCAUCAGCUGGCCCACCAAAGAAAAGGCUGACACUGAUCACUUCAAAUGGAUAUUAUAAUAUUUCACCCACAGAUGUACAAAUCAACAGCUUUUUUAAAAGAGACCUUAUUUUUGACUUUUCAAUUGCUUUUACCAGUCCCAUCCCAGCCAUUUUUACUGGUCGCUAAGGGUCUGUUUGACUCCCUCAGGCAGUUUGGACAGUGUGAGGAUGCUCUGCUGCAGAUGAGGAAUUGAGACUGCAGCGGACCUGUCGAUUCCCUGUGGAGGUGAAAAGGAAGUGAAAUCAUAAUGUUUCACUAAACAUUUCACUGUUCAGCGUUCAGUGCCAAAGACUCAGCCUGGAACAGUUUGUCAUCUGAAAUUCGUUUAAGUAUUCAGCAAGUCAGACCCCUGUGAAACCGUCACCUCUCCUCAUUAUUUCUUGUCUUUGUGAGCCUUGACACAUUUUGUGAUUGCAGAGCUAGCUAGCAUAUGUUUAGUGUAACAGGAUUUUAUUGGUUUUGGGCAGUUGUGCACUUUUACAUUUCAAAAUGUUUAUUUCUAUAAUUAAGCUCAGAUGAUCAUGUAAAUAAUAGAACUGCUAUUUAUUCUGUGUUAUGAAUAUCUAGUCCUGAAUAUGACUCCGCUUGGUAACUUGAAGAGGAUCGGUGUGAACACUCAUGAUUCUUCAGUUUAUAGAACCUGGAGGUUAUUAUUUUGGGUAGUGCUUAUGGAAACACAUUUCAUGGACAAGAGAAGUUAAAAUAAGGAAACAAGGGAAAAAGGCUACAGGGAUAAAUGUGUGUUUUUGUUUUUAUUGAAGAUUGAUCUGAACAAUGUGUCAUCUAGGAGACAUGCCUCGUACAGUGUCAGUCAUCUUGAUCUUUUAAUGUACAUAUAUAGGCGUGACUGUAUCCCCUGUUAAAAUGCUGUAACACCAUAAUGUUUUAAUGACAUACGGUGUCAUGAGAGCCUGGUAGUAAUACUAGUGACUUUGCUUGUUUCCCAAAAUAUUCUUUUUCAUGACCGGCCGCUGCUAAUGUCGCACAUAGAGGACGGAGUGCAAUUCAACACUCUAGCCUACAGUUAUGCAGGUCUCCUUGCUGGUGGCCCUUUACCAGUGUGUGAUGGCGUCCUGCCAUAUUUUAGGUCUCAUAAUAUUUCUACUGUAAACAUAUAACUCAGUUUCCAGUUUAUUAUUUAAUGGCUAUCUGAAAAAUGCAGUCUAAUGCAACAGCCCUGUAAUAAAUCCUAUGUUUACUGAUGUUAUAUAUUCGAUGGUAUUAAUGAGAAUGUUGUCAAUAAACCAAACAGGUGAUGGUAGGAUUUAUUGCAGGGCUAUUACCACAUUUAUUUUAGCCAGGUGUGUCUGUUAAACUGGCUUUAUGGUUGAGCACCACUAGACUUUUCCCCCCUUGUAUUAAAUAUGUCACACAGACAGUUUAUUGAAUCACAGUGCACAUGUAGUCACAGUGUAAUGGUGUUAUUAAAGCAGAUGAUUCCAGCUGUGCAUAUACAUGUACUGUAUCAAAGAUGGUAUUUUCACCUGUCAUUAUAGGAGAUCCAAGGUGAUCUGUUCUAUGCAGGUAUUGUAGCACAGUGACAUACUUUGUAAAAUGUCCUUUGUGUUAUAAGAGCCACUGAAAGAAGUCUUUGUUUUUUUGUUGGACCAGAGCGUGAAUUUUGUCCUUAGAUCUGGUUGUGUAGGGAGCACGCACUUGUAAGAGAGUGGUUUGACCAGCAUAGUUUAGCUUCUGUGCACAACAAUUCAGUCCUAAUGUUUCUGUUCAACACUUUUUCUUCAUGCCACAAGCUGUAAUAAUAGGGGGAACAGAAAACAGUAGCUUUAGAUUCUUAACUUAAGGUGCCAAUGAUUUUAAUGGAAAUUAAAGAUUUUAAGUUUUUUAUGACUGGUUGACUAGUGGUUCCUUAUGACCUCCAUGCCCGUCUGCCCUGCUGCCCUUUGUGAGUGAUACAAAGUAAAUGUGUAACAAUUUUUUAACUUUUUGAUGACUGCAUGUUACGGUGGAGCAGUGUGAAUGUUUUUUAUGAAUGCUGUCCUGAAGAUUGCUGAUAUAGCAUUUUGUAACUGUGAUGUUGCAAUGUACAGCUCUAAAGACUGCUGCACAAGUGUAAAAGAGGAG